UGCAUGAGACCAAGAAGCAGGGAUUUGCUUCUGGUGCCAAAUGUCCGGCAGCAGUGUUUGCCUUGCAUUGAUUUUCCGUGUUUGUCCUCUGCCCUGGCUUCCAGGUCUCUAAGUGGGCGGUCAGCCUCCCCCCACCCCCAAGCUGCUUUGUUACAAUCUUUUCCCAGCCUGGACUUUUGUCCCAGCCCUACUAGCAACCAAGUCAACAGCAACCUACUUGCCACCUGGGGAGGAACAGCGUGGCUUGACCGGAUAGGGACCUCUUUGGGGUUGGCUUCAAACCCAGCCCAUUUGAAGGUGCAGUGUGUGGGGAUGGGGGUGCUGCAGAGGGAGGGAAACCGACCAGAGAAGAGAAAAAUAGCCCGGGCUGGCCGCCACUGAACGCCACCUCUCCCUGCAGCUCGGCAGCGAUCUGGACUACAUCCUGGGCUCCCGAAAAGGCAGGGGUUCUUACCUAAAGCAGCUGGAGAUAAGAAAGAAUUGCUGGCAGCCUGGAGUCAGUGAGGAGUGCAGGGGAGUUCCUGACACCUCCCCUCUGGAUUUAAAGCAGGCCCACUCUGUCCAGGCGCAGUGGCUCACAUCUGUAAUCCCAGCACUUUGGAAUGCUAAGGCGUGGAAGCUGCAGCCCAGGGGAGGUCGUGACUUGCCAGGAAGGCGGCUCGGGCCAGGCUGCGCUCAAAACCUGUGUGUCCCGGGAUCCCCAGCCCCUGCAGAAUGACCCACCAGGAUCUGAGCAUCACAGCCAAACUCAUCAACGGAGGCGUGGCAGGGCUCGUGGGGGUGACCUGCGUGUUCCCCGUCGACCUGGCCAAGACUCGGCUGCAGAACCAGCAUGGGAAAGCCAUGUACAAAGGAAUGAUCGACUGCCUGAUGAAGACGGCGCGGGCGGACGGCUUCUUCGGCAUGUACCGAGGGGCUGCAGUGAACCUCACUCUGGUCACUCCGGAGAAGGCCAUCAAGCUGGCGGCCAAUGACUUCUUCCGGCAGCUGCUCAUGGAAGACGGGAUGCAGCGGAACCUGAAGAUGGAGAUGCUCGCCGGGUGUGGCGCUGGGAUGUGCCAGGUGGUGGUGACCUGUCCCAUGGAAAUGCUCAAGAUUCAGCUGCAGGACGCUGGACGCUUGGCCGCCCAUCAUCAGGGCCCGGCCUCAGUACCCUCCUCCAGGUCCUACACAACUGGUCCGGCAUCCACCCACAAGCGCCCCUCUGCCGCCCUCAUUGCCUGGGAGCUGCUCCGCACUCAGGGCCUGGCGGGGCUCUACAGGGGCCUGGGUGCCACUCUCCUCAGAGACAUUCCCUUCUCCGUCAUCUACUUCCCGCUGUUUGCCAACCUUAACAACCUGGGGAUCGACGAGCUCGCCGGUAAGGCGUCCUUUGCACAUUCCUUCACGUCAGGCUGCGUGGCAGGUUCCGUAGCUGCGGUCGCAGUGACGCCUCUGGAUGUUCUGAAAACGCGAAUCCAAACCCUCAAGAAAGGCCUGGGUGAGGACACGUACAGCGGGAUCACCGACUGUGCCAGGAAACUCUGGAGUCAGGAGGGACCGUCUGCCUUCCUGAAAGGCGCUGGCUGCCGGGCGCUGGUCAUAGCACCUCUCUUUGGGAUUGCUCAAGGGGUCUAUUUCAUUGGGAUUGGAGAGCGCGUCUUAAAGCUUUUUGAAUAGACAGAGCUGGCGGUCAAGUCCCGGUGCGCACGGCCCUGUCUCUAGCCCAUUUCACUUAGCCUAGAAGGCACAAGGGCAGGCGAGGCCACCCUGGCCUGUCUUGUCACGUUGUAGUGCCACCUCCACCUCACUCUAACAGCACGUUGAGCACAGCCUUCUCCUUGGUGUCUACGCUCGUUUCCUUUGCGGGCACGGCUACCCGGGGCUUUCGGAAGCUCAUAACCACCUACUUUUCAACAAGAACAGUUACUUGCUUUAGUUGUAUUAACUGCAGGACUUUAACAGGUUGUCAAGAUAGAAGGGUUGUUUCUAUGUUUUACCAUUUGUUUCUUCUGUUUCACAAACUCGGCAUUCUUCAGUCAGCUUGAGGAUUUCGCUGUUCAUCUUGAAUUCCGUAACUGAUGAUGAGUCCUAGCACUGAUUUUGAGGAAAAGGAGGAUCAGGAGUGCAAGGGACCAUGAAAAACCUCAAAGUCAGCACCUAGUUUGAGACCAGGCACCCUUUCGAGUCCUCGGAUGGCUGAGGGCUGAGGCUGGCUGCGAGUCAGCAGCCCGGCCCCUCCCCCAGAGUCCAGGCUCUCGAAGACCCCCCCCCCUUUCUGCAGAACACUAUUUGAAAUAAAGGUGAACGGUUACA